GGCAUGGGGAGAGGCCGGGGAGCCUGGAGGCGGGGCUUGGGGAGCUCGCCCCACGCGGGGCGGGGCUCCGGCGGCAGCGGGAUCUGCAGUUCGGACUCCCCGCGCCACAGUCGCUGCAGUUCGCUCCACUCUGGUGGCCCCGCCGCCCUGCGGGGAGCCCGGGGGUCACCGGGCUGCUCGGACUUGGCGCGGGGCCGGCCUCGCCUCUCCCUCUCUCGGUGGGGCCUAGACAGUUGAGGCAGCGGGAACAUGGAGCCUUCUCCCGCCGCGGGGGGCUCGGAGACCACUCGCCUGGUGAGCCCCCGGGACGGCGGCGCCGGCGGCAGCCUGCGUUUGAAGAGGUCCUGAAUUCUGUGGAAGAUUCUGUCCUUGCUGGGUUCAGGUUGGGUAGUGGCGGGGGUGAGAAUUGGACCAGAAAGGACUUAGCACUCAGCCUGAGCUCACUCAGCUUCUGGCAUCCCCAGUCUCUUCACAGAACCCUCAGAGCCUGUCCCUGAGGAAUCCAAACCUGUGGAGAUGCCCUUCCACCACUGCCACAGGGACCCCCUGCCACCGCUGGGGCUCACCCCUGAGAGGCUGCAUGCGAGGAGACAGCUGUAUGCUGCCUGUGCUGUGUGCUUCGUCUUCAUGGCGGGGGAGGUGGUCGGCGGGUAUCUGGCACACAGCCUAGCCAUCAUGACCGAUGCAGCCCACUUGCUAGCGGACGUGGGUAGCAUGAUGGGCAGCCUCUUCUCCCUCUGGCUUUCUACCCGUCCAGCCACCCGCACCAUGACCUUUGGCUGGCACCGCUCAGAAUGGCCUUUGUGCUGCACCAGGCUGGGCCUCCCCACAGCCACGGGUCUAGGGGAGCAGAGUAUGCACCGCUGGAGGAGGGGCCUGAAGAGCCCCUGCCCCUGGGGAACACCAGCGUCAGGGCGGCAUUUGUGCAUGUGCUGGGGGACCUCCUACAGAGCUUUGGGGUACUGGCUGCCUCCAUCCUCAUCUACUUCAAGCCUCAAUACAAGGCAGCUGACCCCAUCAGCACCUUCCUCUUCUCCAUCUGUGCCCUUGGAUCCACGGCUCCCACCCUCCGAGACGUUCUUCGAAUCCUCAUGGAAGGUACGCCCCGCAAUGUGGGGUUCGAACCUGUGCGGGAUACACUGCUGUCAGUGCCAGGCGUCCGGGCAACCCAUGAGCUGCACCUGUGGGCCCUUACGCUCACUUACCACGUUGCCUCUGCACACCUGGCCAUUGACUCCACUGCUGACCCUGAAGCCGUCCUGGCUGAAGCCUCAUCCCGUCUCUACUCCCGGUUUGGAUUCUCCAGCUGUACCCUGCAGGUCGAGCAGUACCAGCCAGAGAUGGCCCAGUGCCUGCGUUGCCGGGAGCCUCCCCAAGCCUGAGCCAUGGUCCUGCCCUCACCCUACUGCCAGGCCGAGGCUCAGCCCCGGACUCUCAGCAUCUGCUGUCCUGAUCACAGAGACGGGACCAAACCAGGCCCAUGCCCCUUUCUCUCUUCUUCCUUCCACCUGCCAGUUCCCCCAGCCUCAGCCCCAGCCCCACCCCCAGUGGGCAAGACCAAAGUGUGGCGGGGAGUGGGGUGGGAGUCAGGGGAACAGAUGUCACCAGUUCAGGGACAGGGUCUCCAGGGCCUCAGUGUGGCAGGGUGUGUUGAAGGCCCACAGUGCCCUCUCCCCAUGGUCUGGAGCCACGAACAUCCUUUUUCUGCAGUCCAUUUGUCUGUGUGGCAGGCUGGCUGGCUGGCUGGGGGCAUCUGCCUGUCUAUGUGCUGUUGGUGUGCCUAUGCCUGGGGGAGGUCAGUAGGGGCCCCCUCCCCACAUGGCGCUCGCUCUGUCUAUGCAGGGGCCCCAAAGCCCGCACUUUGUCUGUGUGUCUUAGCCCUGUGGUUUUGUCUGUGUGUGUGUGUGUGUGUGUGUGUGUGUGUGUGUUCUUGGUGCUGUAGCUUGUGUGUCUCUGUGCCUAUGUGGCUGUGCUAUGGUCUCUAUGAGUCUGCUCCAUCCAUGUGUCUGUUUGGGGGUCUAUCUCUCCAUCCCUCUGUUGGUGCUGUGCCCUUGGCUAUCCCAGAAAGAGGGAGGACUCCACUGCAGCUCCACCAAUAAACUCAUGUCUCACUGCA